AUGCAAACCUACCGCAUCUCCAACAAGCUCCCUCAAGCUUACAGAAUCAUCAAAGUCGUUCCUCAAGCCACUCCAAUCAGAACAAUGUUCUCAUUCCCACGCUUUCCUUCUGGCGAAUUCGCCCCUCUCUUCCGUCUCCUUGACGACUAUGCUUCGCACCAGAUCUCUCGUCAGGGCGAUGACUUUGGCAAUCUCUCUCAACUCCGCUCUUUCCAGCCUCGCUUCGAUGUGAAGGAGGUCAAGGAUGGAUAUGAGCUUCAUGGCGAGCUUCCUGGCGUCGAUCAAAAGGACGUUCAGAUCGAGUUCACCGAUGCCCAGACUUUGAGUAUCAAGGGCCGUACAGAACGCCACCGCGAGUCUGGCACUCCUCCCACUGCUGCUCUCGAAAGUCAGCAAGAAAAGGGCCGCAUCACAUCCGGCGACGAAUCCUCUGAGACCUCUUCCCAUUACCAAAAGCCCACUGUCGAAGACGAAACUGCCGACAAACCCACCGACAACGAGCAGCAAAUCACCACUACCGACACCCAGAACCAGCAAGUCCAGCAGCAAACAGAGCAGCGUCCUCAGUCCCGCUACUGGGUUUCUGAGCGCUCGGUCGGCGAAUUCUCACGCUCUUUUACNUUUCCCUCUCGUGUGGAUCAAGACAAUGUUCGUGCUAGCCUCAAGGAUGGCAUUUUGAGCAUUGUUGUCCCCAAGGCUUCUGCUCCCACUACUCGCAAGAUCAACAUUGAGUAA